UGAUGGUUCGGUGCUGGGAAGCCACAGCAGUCUCCGCACCGUGCCUGACGUUUUUCCUCCUCUUCAUUCUUAAGACAAGAGGAGGCGUGUCCACCGUGGCUUCUUUUUUCCUCCCCCUGAUGCACGUAGCCUAUCGUUCUGCACUGAGGAUCCAACGACCAGCUGAGUUAUCCCCACGAGGGUUGGCAGCGCACGUAAAAAGCCUCUCCUCCCAGAGCAUCUGUCCCACUGUCCUUGUGGCCGCUCUCUGCACAUCCUUCCUUCGCUCGCCGUCUGCUUUCCUCUCAGUUUCCUCCCGUUGGGUGGAGGAGGCAGCAGUGAGCCGUCUUCCUGCAUCUACCCCGCAGGAUAUCUGUCACCGGCCCUCUGCACUCCUCUGCGGCGUGCCCUGCGCAUGGACGAGGAACCCCGGUGUCUCUGGCCGCGGGGAUCGUGUGCCCGUUUGGGGAGAGGGUAGUCCGUGCCAUGUGUUGUCCUGGGCAGAACCUGACUGUCUCCUGUCUUCCUCUGACUCUCUCCUUGCUUCUUUCCGGCGACCCGGCUUCCUCCUGAUGGACCGUCGGAUGGGUCGUCUCCCCCGGGGCUGCUGAAGAGCGUCCGUUUGGCUGUUUCUGCGUUUGGGGUGUGAUCGGAGGGCACCGAUGCCGCGCAUGUAGUUUUUGGGUGCUUUCUGUUUAGUGUUUAGACUAUGAGACCCGGACCCAUCCUGGCUGUAGAGUGCAGGCUGCAAGCUGGCAUCAUGGAUCUUCUCCCCAAAACCAAAUACAACCACCUUCGCAACGAGUCUGUGAGCUCCGUGGAGGAUGCCGCCGGCAGCGGGCUGCCCACCCCGCCUAUGGAAAUGAUGGCCCCUCAGUCAAUGCCGAGCUCGUCCUCCUCUUCCUCCUUAGCCCCGAUUCUCCCCUUGGCCGAACUGUCCUCGGAGUCGGAGGACAGCCCCACCACUCUGUGCUCCUUCUUCCCCAAAAUGGCCAACCUAAAGCUGUCUAAUCCAGCUAACCUCCUGAACUUGCGCAGCUUCUCCUCGGGGGCGGGGAAGGAGACGGGCAGCCCGGGCGAGCGCGCGGACACCCCCCCAGGAGGAGCCAGCCCUGACUUAGGGAGAACUUUCACCAUUUUCUCCCAGGAUAUGAACAAGCUGAGCUGCGGCAGGAAGUCCCGCGUGGAAGGGGGGCAGCUGGCGGGAGACGAAUGGACCAGGCACGGCAGCUUUGUGAACAAACCUACACGGGGAUGGCUUCAUGCGGACGACACCGUCAUGGGCUCCGGGGUCUCCUACCUGGUCAGGUAUAUGGGCUGCGUGGAGGUUCUGCAGUCCAUGAGGGCUCUGGAUUUCAACACCCGGACCCAGGUCACCAGGGAAGCCAUCAGCCUGGUCUGCGAUGCCGUUCCUAGUGCAAAAGGGGCCCUGCGCAGGAGAAAGACGGGUGGUCGAGCGCUGAAUUCUAUCCUGGGAAAGAGUAACCUGAAGUUUGCCGGAAUGCCGAUCACCCUCACCGUCUCUACCAGCAGCCUUAACCUUAUGGCUUCCGACUGCAAACAGAUCAUCGCAAACCAUCACAUGCAGUCUAUCUCAUUUGCCUCUGGGGGAGAUCCGGAUACUGCCGAAUAUGUCGCGUAUGUCGCCAAAGAUCCGGUAAAUCAGAGAGCCUGCCACAUCUUGGAGUGCCCGGACGGUCUUGCUCAGGAUGUGAUCAGCACCAUCGGACAGGCCUUCGAACUGCGCUUUAAACAGUAUCUCAAAAAUCCCCCGAAACUGGUCACCCCUCAUGACAGGAUGGCUGGAUUUGAUGGCUCUGCGUGGGAUGAAGAAGAAGAGGAGCUGCCAGACCAUGCGUAUUACAAUGACUUUCCUGGCAAGGAGCCACCCAUCGGAGGAGUGGUGGACAUGAGACUAAGAGAUGGAGUCGCCCCAGCGAUACCCAGGCAGAGCCCAAACCACAUGGGGGCCACUCUGCCUGUGGGGCAAACGUCAGGAGCAGAACUGGACUCUCGGAAGGUCCAGCCGCAGCCCACAGCGCAAGGGAGGGACAGAUUCCCGGCCCCCUGUGGGAAAGCUCCGAACCGGCCAGACCUCUUUGAUGACCCAUCCUACGUUAACGUCCAGAACCUGGACAAGUCUCGGCAGCCUCUCAGGUCGACGAAUGGACAGAGAGAUGCGUUUGACAUGAAGCCGUUUGAUGACACCCUUCCCCCUAACCAAGCCUUCAUGAGCAUGGAGGAGCAGCUGAAGAGAGAGCCCUGGUACCACGGGAGGAUGGCCAGAAAGGAAGCCGAGAGACAGCUCAGAGUGAACGGAGACUUCUUGGUGCGAGAGAGCACCACAACACCGGGACAGUAUGUACUGACUGGCCUGCAGAAUGGACAACCCAAACACCUGCUCCUGGUGGACCCCGAGGGAGUGGUUCGGACAAAGGACCACCGCUUCGAGAGCGUGAGUCACCUGAUCAGUUACCACAUGGACAAUCACUUACCCAUAAUCUCUGCCGGUAGCGAGCUGUGUCUCCGGCAGCCGGUGGAGCGGAGACAGUGAACGUCAGCUCCGUGUCCCCUCCGCCCCGUGCUCUGCACGCUGAGCCUUCCGUUGACACCACCUUCACCCCCCCCCUUGUUGCCCCGUCCCACCGCUGUUCUAAAGUAGAGACUUCUGCCUCAGGGCGUGGCGUGUGCUGAAUACAGGCCUUGGCACAGCCUUUUAUCCCCCCGGCCGU